AUGCUAUUUGGAAAUUCUCCGAGUUUCUAUGCGUUUUAUUGUUUAGUAAUCUUAUUGGCUAUUUUUGUUGCCAAUUCCUCGGUUAAUGCAGGUGUUUUGAAAUUUGAAAGAAGCCAUGAUGGCUAUCAAAAAUUGAAAAAUGAAGGAGAACAUGAAGUUGAAACAGGGAAGUUGGAAAGUGGGGGUAAACAAGGUAAAAAUAUUCCUAAGGAAAAGAUGAAACAAAUGAAUGAGGAGGCAUUCGAAAUUGGAAAUUUUAAGAAAUAUAAGAAUGUUGCACUUCCUUUUAUUGAAACUAUGACAGAUUAUAAAAAUAUAUCCAACUAUCUAAACAUAAUUAUUGAAGUAAAAGCGCUCGAUGCACAAAUUCUGACAUUCUUUAAGAAUGUUUCAACGUUUAAAAAUUUUGUAAAUUAUUUUACCAAACGUUACAACUUUAUAAGCAAGUCAAAAGAGGCGUCGAAAGUAAUAAAGGAAAAAUUUGAGGUAAGUUUAUUUCUUAAGGAAAGAAGGUCAAAAGUUUAG